AUGAAAGAAGCAGCAGAGGAGAAGUUGCUAAAGCCUGCAAGCUAUAGAAUCAAUCUCUUCCAAGCUGUAAAUCAAGCCUUGGAUACUGCCCUUCGUACUGAUGACUCUGCAGUUAUAUUUGGGGAAGAUGUUGGCUUUGGAGGUGUGUUCCGAUGUACUUUGGACCUUCAAGACCGGUAUGGAAAAGAUAGAGUCUUCAAUACUCCAUUGUGUGAGCAAGGUAUUGCUGGGUUUGCGAUAGGAGUUGCUGUUGGAGGUGCGACAGCCAUAGCAGAAAUGCAGUUUGCUGACUAUAUUUUCCCAGCAUUUGAUCAGAUUGUAAAUGAGGCAGCUAAAUAUCGAUACCGUUCAGGAAAUAUUUUCAACUGUGGAAAAUUAACUAUUAGAGCACCAGAUGGUGCUGUUGGACAUGGAGCCCUUUAUCAUUCACAGUCCCCUGAAGCUUACUUUGCUCACACACCUGGUUUAAAGAUUGUUGUUCCCAGGGGUCCUAUCAAAGCUAAGGGUCUUUUGUUAUCAUGCAUUCGAGACAAUAACCCCUGCCUGUUUUUAGAGCCCAAAGUGCUCUAUCGUGCUGCAGUUGAGAUGGUCCCCACAAAAGAGUACACACUACCUUUGUCUUCAGCUGACAUUUUGGAUGAAGGAGAGGAUGUUACACUGCUAGGAUGGGGAACUCAAGUACAUGUUUUACGGGAAGUAGCACAGUUGGCACGUCAAGAACUCAAUGUGUCAUGUGAAGUGAUUGAUCUUGUCACUAUUCUUCCUUGGGAUAGACAAACAGUAUUUGAAAGUGUUAAGAAAACAGGUCGUCUGCUUGUUGCUCAUGAAGCACCGAUCACCAAUGGAUUUGGAGCAGAGAUUGCUGCAGCUGUUCAGAAAGAAUGCUUCCUCCAUCUUGAAGCUCCAAUUGAACGAGUAUGUGGAUUUGACACUCCAUUUCCUCAUAUAUUUGAGCCUUUCUACUUGCCUGACAAGUGGCGUUGUCUUAGUGCCAUUAAAAAACUAGUCAAAUAUUAGGUUAGAGAAUUUUAAUCAGAACUAAGUGAUAAAUAUGUAGAUUUUUUAAAGUAGUUAGGUAGUUUUUUUUUUUUUUUUUUUUUUAUACAGCAGUUGGUCCACACCAUUCAUUGAAAAAUACUAGCGACAAUGCAUUUUAUGUAUGUUCUGUAGGUGAAGAUUAUGAUUUGAAUAAAUGCAAGUUAUACUUGUGAUAGAAAUCUACAGCUGCAUGUCAUCCUUUAAUUAUUUUCUUAGGAAUUUGAUUUAUUGUACGCAGCACAUACUUAUUAUAUAUACAAACAUGUAAAUGAACUUAUGUAUUAUUUAGUUUAGUUUCUUUUAUCUUUUAGUGCCAAAAGCAUUCAAUAUUUUCCAUUUUAUAAUAAAAAGAACAUGUUAGACCAGUUCAUAACUCAAAUAAAUGAAAAGAAAUGUGUGGCAUAGUGAAUUGCAAGAUAUGGACGUCUUAGAAAAUAGUUAGAGGUUCUUGUAAUGUGAAAAUACCAGUUGUGUUGAGAUGCACUGAUUUGCCAUGUUGUUCCACUAUUAGUGGACAUCAUGGAAUGUAUUAACAUCUUGAUUGUACAAUAUGUAGUAUGAAUUUCUUUUAAAUGUUGGUACAAAUAGAGUUUAGAUGGCAACACUGUGUGUUAUAAUAGUAUUAUUAAUUGUAGGUAUUAGAUGGGUUUUCAGGCAAAAAAAUAUUAACAAACAGUAGCUGAUUGACAAGGAAUAAAUGUAACUUGAGUUCUCAGCUUCACUUUGAAUUUUAGUUAAUUUUUGAUGUGUAAAUAUGACGAAGGUCCAUGGUGAUAUUUGCAAUAAAAUGGGUCUUGCAAAUAUAAAUCAUUUGAAGUAUUUUUUAAUAUGAAAAUCACUAAAAGUUUUAUUACAGCUAUAUAUCCAUCAAAACUUUUUGUAAUAAAUUUACUGCUUGAUGUAUAGUAUUUUCUAAUAUUAAGGUGACCAUUCUAGUAUGUACAUUUACUGUAUUUAGGAAAUAACUAGAGAAUCAAGCAUUUGAAUUUAUUAACUUCUCUAUGAAACAAAUAUAGUAGCUAUUUGAGAAUCUUAGUAUUAGUUGUAUGUAAAGUGCAAUGUUAUCAGUAAUUCAAAAGCAAAAAAUGUCCUGAAUGGAUAAUUGAUGAAGAAAUGUGCUUUAUGGAUGCAUUUCAAUAAUUCAAGAUAUUUAUGUAAUUACAAAUCCAAUAACAUGAGCAAGAUAAUGUCCACAUGUAAUUGUACUUAUUGAGAUAGUAAGUCAGUGAACUUUAUAGUAAAAAAAUAUGAUGUAUGUUUUCAGUUUCUUGCUUUGGCUAUAGAUUAUGAACUAAAUCUUUAUCUUUGAAAACUUGAAGUUUUUUUUUUUAUUCCUUAGGCAAGUGACAAAGCCAAAUUUGUACAUUAGGUUUUUUUUUUUUUGUCCAUCUCAAAUUUGAAAGAUUAUUGUUUGUAACAGGUGCGUAAUGUUUUCAAGUUUGCAUUCACUUCUUGGGAUUGAGAAUUACGGCAGCUGAUGUUUUAGUAGUUGGAAACUCUUCUUUAAUCCUGAAUAGUAUUUGAAAACUUGCUCAAGUUAUAUGAUGAAGUAAAUUAAAAUGCUAAUAUUGAUAAAGUUUCAGAUCAUAAUUAUGAAGUUUUCAUUACUAUUUGGUGGCCCUUUCAUUGACUAAAGGAAUCAGAGUUGUAUAAUAACAAAUAGGCUUAUAUGCUUAAUAAAACAAAGAAAAGAAAAACGGAAAUUACAGCUCAUUUUAUAGAAAGAUGAGGCAAGCUUUGUUGUUCUCAUUUAAUGAUUUCACCUGAUUAACCUAAAACUACAUUUAAAAUUUAUACUUAAUUUUUAAUUUAGAUAAGUGAUUUUAACCACAGUUAAGAGUUGAUUGCCUUUCACUCAUCCUUGAGGUAUAGAAUAAAGGCAGUUCAGAUCAUCCAAAGAGCUUGUUUUUAGCAAACAGAAAAUAAAAUAGUUCUUAUUAAUAAAUGCUGAGGGUAUGAAAUAUGAUUUUAUACUAGGUAUUAACUUGAAUCUGAUGCAGGUUUUCAUGUGAUAGGUUGUAAUUCAUGACUGGAAUCAAUGAAUUUUUAGUUUUAAGAAGCUGUGGACUCAAAGUUGUGUGUAAAAUUAUGGUGUAGGCUGUCAUAGGGUAUGAAUAUAUAUUUUUUAAUUA